UCGUUUCAGUUCUUCGUGAUGUUUUCGCUUCAGACCCUCUGACAACAGAGACGCCUGAAGAGUUUGACUACGACCCUUACGUUCAUCACCUGGGCAGCACAUGCAGGUGGACUCUCAGGAUGCCUGGAAACRGGAGHRGGGAGGCGGUUCCACUCCAAGCGGACUAUUUAGACACUCUGACUAAGCAGAUCUGCCAGGACCUGAAAUGUGGAAGAGUUUAUGCUGUGAUUAAAACCACGGCGCCUGCCAAAAGCAAGUGCUUCCAUGACUGUUUGCUCCGGAACUGGCGUCUACAGAACUGCUUAAGGACGUUUACGGCAGGAUGCAUCGUGGCCACGGACGUGGCCUGUGGUCAUCAGUCCGUUCGGCUGAAGGGAGGUGAUGGCCAGUGUGCCGGGCGGGUGGAGGUGUGGAAGGACAUGGUGUGGGGCACGGUGUGUGACGACAGAUGGGACCUGAGAGAAGCCAAGGUGGUUUGCGCCCAGCUGGGCUGUGGGACCGCUCUCAGGGUGACGGGUCAGAACGGGUUGUUCCCUCCAGGGAGCGGACCGAUUCACCUGGACGAGCUGAACUGCACCGGGAACGAGCAGAACCUGUGGNNCUGUCCGGGUGUCCAGGAAAACUCCGACUGCGGACACAAAGAGGACGCUGGUGUGGUGUGUUCAGAAUCUAAGAUGUUGGUUAGAGCAACUACACCAGCUGUAGCUCCUCCUCCAUCAGCAGCCGUGUAUUCUCCAGAACAGCUCAGCAUCUUAUGGCUCUCUAGUCUGCUGGGGUUUUUUGCCACCCUGGUGAUGUUUCUCUGCUGCUAUUACUGCAGACGGGAUGAUGAGCAAGGUGAGAAGAGAGCCGGCGCUGGUGUGAAGAACCAGGUGACUGUGAAUCUGUGGACCGUGAGGUGGAAAUCCUGAAGAUGGACCACAGCUGGAAGAAGCACCGACUCCAACAUCCUGAUUAUUGGUUUAGACCAAUAAUCAGGUCUAAACCGUAAUACAUGUAAUAAAGAAUACAUGUUAUAUUCUCAUUUAAAAAGAAUGAAUAAAAACUACAUUUUGCUCUCCAUA